CCCCGAGGCCGCGACAAGCGUCUGGGGAUGCAUUUGCCAGUGGGAAAAUGCCCCAGGCACCGUUAAUUCAGUCGCACAGCCUCGGGAAGAGGGAUUUGGGCCGAGCCCGAGGCCUGCCGUGAUUUCUCGAGGACGCACCGGACUCUCUGUACGCUCCAAUCUGAAAAUGGUCAAUUUGGGUGACGAGUUUCCCAACUUUAAGGCCGACACUACUGUGGGACCUAUCCAUUUCCAUGAAUGGCUGGGUAAUGCGUGGGGAAUUCUCUUCUCACAUCCAUCAGACUUCACUCCGGUUUGCACCACAGAACUGGGCCGAGUCUUGAAGCUGGCUCCUGACUUUGCAGCCCGUAAUGUGAAAGUUAUUGCAUUGUCGUGUGAUUCAGUGUCUUCGCACCAUGCAUGGGUGGCUGACAUUAAAAGCUUUUCUGGCGACAACACAGAAGGCUUUCCUUACCCAAUCAUUGCUGAUGAAUCACGUUCGUUGGCUGUGCAAUUAGGCAUGCUGGAUCCUCUGGAGAAAGAUUGCCACGGGUUGCCUCUUACCUGUCGUGCUGUUUUCCUUGUUGACCCAAACAAGAAACUGCGUAUGUCAAUCCUCUAUCCUGCAACCAGUGGAAGGAACUUUGAUGAGAUUCUACGUAUCAUUGACUCCAUUCAGUUGACAGAAAAUCAUAAAGUGGCAACACCAGUUGAUUGGAAGCAAGGAGGAACCUGCAUGGUUUUGCCAACACUCUCAUCAGAAGAGGCCGACAAACUUUUCCCAAAGGGAGUCACCAUUACCAAAGUACCGUCUGGAAAGGAGUACAUCCGUAUGACCCCCCAGCCAUGAAUAUCAGAACUCAUGUUAUGAUUUUUCAGAGAGGAAAAUAUGUAUUGCCCAUUAUAUUUUAUCAAGUGUUAGUGUUGCAUUUUUAAAAGAAUGUUUGUGAUCUCAAAGUUUAAUGUGAUAGUGUCACUCUAAAAUUUUGAUAAGGAAGGAUAUGUUUUGUAAUCUUGCUGAGGGCUGGAAUCUUUGUGAGCUGUUUUACCUAUUUGUAUCUCUAUAUUUUUUUGAAGAAUAAAAUGAUGAUUUGAUGUGAA